UCACCAUCAUCGCCAUCAUCGUCAACUCAAAAGUCCCGAAAUUCCCUUUCCUUCCCUAAAAUAUUCUCUGUAUAAUCCCCCGCGUCCCGUUUCCCAUUUUUCUCUUUUUGCGUUAACGCCCUUUUCCUUAAUCAACGUCUCUUCUGCUCCUGUAACUCCUCUCUCUCUCUCUACCCUCUCUCUAUCUAUCUCUCUCUCUCUCUCUCCAAAUGCAGCAAAGGCAACACACGCUCGAUCUCUGCUUCCUCUGAAAGGGGAAGGAGCUUCCCUCCCCGCGGGCUCCGAAUUCCACGAACCCACCAAGCGGAAACCCGGAAAGAGUCGGAAAAAUGCGAGCUUUAGCGGCUCCGGCGAAGUUCUUGAUCUUCUUGGCCCUGGCUGCCCUGACACUGCCGGUGUCGGUGGUGGUGCAGUGCGGCGCCGCCCUCCCGCGGACCACCGUCCUGCCCCUGCAGCGGGCCUUCCCGCUCGGCCGACGGGUCGACCCGGACUGGCUCCGGGCCCGGGACCGGGUCAGGCACGCCCGAAUCUUGCAGAGCGUGGCCGGUGGCGUCGUCGACUUCUCGGUCGAGGGCUCCUCUGAUCCACUUCUCAUCGGGCUUUAUUUUACAAAGGUGAAACUAGGCUCUCCUCCAAAGGUUUUCAAUGUGCAGAUUGAUACUGGAAGUGAUGUAUUGUGGGUUACCUGCAGUUCCUGCAGCGACUGCCCCCAAACUAGUGGACUUGGAAUCGGGCUCAGUUUCUUUGAUUCGUCCAGUUCUUCCACGUCAUAUUUGAUUUCCUGUUCAGAUCCUGUGUGCACUUCUCAAAUUCAAACUAUGUCAAGUGAAUGCCCUCCUCAAAGUAAUCAGUGCAGUUACUCCUUCCAAUAUGGAGAUGGGAGUGGGACGACCGGUCAUUACGUAUCUGAUGUGCUGUAUUUUGACAUGGUUAUGGGGGGGUCUUCGAUUGCCAACUCUUCGGCUCCCAUUGUUUUUGGGUGUAGCACCUACCAGUCUGGUGACUUGACUAAAUCAGACAAAGCGAUCGAUGGGAUUUUCGGUUUCGGGGGAGGAGAGUUAUCUGUUAUAUCGCAGUUGUCAUCGAAAGGGAUAACACCAAAAGUAUUCUCUCAUUGCUUGAGAGGGGAUGGCAAUGGAGGGGGCAUCAUGGUUCUUGGUGAGAUUUUGGAGCCAAGCAUCGUAUACAGUCCACUUGUCCCUUCCCAGCCUCAUUAUAAUUUGAAUCUGCAGAGCAUUGCCAUCAAUGGGCAGCCAUUACCAAUUGAUGCGGCAGUGUUUGCAACGACAAACAACCGGGGAACUAUUAUUGAUUCGGGAACUACGUUGACGUACCUUGUGGAAGACGCUUUUGAUCCUUUUGUCAACGCUAUGACCGCCUUUGUUUCGCAAACUGUGACUCCCAUAAUCUCCAAAGGACGACAGUGUUUUCUAGUCUCUUCCAGUUUAUCUGCGACUUUUCCUCUGGUUAGUUUGAACUUUUUGGGUGGUGCAACUAUGUUGCUGAAGCCUGAAGAGUAUCUUAUACAUGUCGGUUUCACUGAAGGAGCUGCUCUAUGGUGCAUCGGUUUUGAGAAAGCACAGGAAGGGGUCUCGAUUUUAGGAGAUCUUGUCCUGAAAGAUAAGAUCUUUGUGUAUGAUUUGGCUCGUCAACGGAUUGGAUGGGCUCCCUAUGAUUGUUCGAUGUCUGUAAAUGUCUCUGUAACAUCUGGCAAGGACGAGUUCAUCAAUGCGGGGCAGCUGAGCACGAGCAGCUCCUCGAGAGACAUGCUUGUUGAACUUUUGCCGAUAGGAUUGAUAAUACUUAUAAUGCACGUCGCGCGAGCCAUGGGGUUCCCAUUUUUGUGAGACUUGCUCAGUCUUUCUUUAUUCGAUUCUUUCAAAUGUGUAUUAGCCCCACCAAUCUUUUAUUUAACGUCUCGGCGGGGCCCCGUGCUAUUAUUUGGGGCUGCAAGGAUAGCUUGUAGCAUUAUAAAUAGUUCCCUCGGGUUCUAAGGCGCGCAGAGAAAAAGGGGGGGUUGUAUGUGGCUUGUCCUGCUUCGAAAGAUAUUCGGCUUUCCAUGUAAAGAGUCUUCCUGGAGCAUCUCUAGAAUUGUAAAUGACCCAUUGUACCAUGAUUCUGCGCUGGGGGAGGAAGGAGAUGACUAUUGUAACUCCAGAGUUGGCUUGGCAAAUUUGAAUGAAUGGAAUUCGUUACACGCGCCUUAAUCUGUAUUCGUGUUCUGUUCUUGAUUCUAUCAAUCUUAAUGUGGAAUUAACAGAUUCGGUCCA